AUGCUCCCAUCAACAUGGCGCCUGCGAACCUUUUUCGGCACGACCAAGCUCGCUCAGCACUUCCGCCUCGCAGUCGCUGCAUUCACUGAGCACCAACCGCAACGACGGAACCGACCAACCGGCUGCCACGCACCUCAGCAGACGCCGCCGCAACGGACCCCUGGCUUGGUCGGCAGCCAGCUGACCGAGACGGCGAGCCCGCUAGGCCAUCUGCGACGACCAGCCGCCCGCCGAAUCACGACGAUGCCAUCUCGGACGGAUGAUGACGAGACCCCUCUGCCGACGCUGAAUCACGCGGCCGCCUUUGCCGCCUUUGGCCGUUCCCAUCUCUCCCCGUACGAUGCCGCGCCACAGCAUCAGCAUCGACGAUCUGCCACCCGCGACUUUGUCGACGGAACGGCCGUGAGGCGCAUGGACGGCGAGCGCAGCAGGAGCCGGCGUCGCAAGAACAUGUGGAAGAGGCUCAUGUGGGUCAAGCAGUCGUACCCCGACAACUACACGGAUCAGGCCACCUUCCUCGAAAACUUGCAGCGUAACCCGCGGCUCAAGCCGUACGAUUUCUGGCCCCUCGUGGCGGACUCGACCGUCAUCCUGCAGCACGUCUGCUCCGUCAUCAUAUUCGUCAUCUGCUUCGUCGGCAUCUCCCAGGAGCGCGUCUCGCCCGUCUCCGUCGUGAGCUGGAGCAGCGUCGGCACCCUGCUCGGCUGGCUUCUCUGGGAGCGAUGGGUCGCCGAGGAGGACGAGGACGACGAGCUCCACCACCUCAACACCGGCAUCGUCACCGUCGUCGGGCGGAGCGGCAGCGGGCGACGGCGGGGACGGGCGGCGAGCAUACGUCGGCCUCUGCCGCCGCACCCGCUGCGGACGUCGCUGUCGACGGCGCCGUCGCUGACGACCUCGGUCGCGGCCUCGGCGGCGCCCUCGGCCGGCAACUCGGCGGCGAGCUCCAGCACGAACCUCGACCGCGCCCUCAGGCCGCCCCGGUCGACGUCGGCCCUGGAGCUCGGCGCCCAGGGCCCCGCGAGGAGUCAGGAGGCGCUUCCGGAGCGCGGGCCGGCGCCCCCGGCCGAGGCGGAGGAGAGCCGGGCGCACCAGCGACUCGGCACCAUCAAGUCGGCGCUCCUCAUCUACUGCACCCUCCUCGGGCUGAGCCCCAUCCUCAAGUCGCUGACGAGGUCGACGUCGAGCGAUAGCAUCUGGGCCAUGUCCUUUUGGCUCCUCGCCAUCAACAUCUUCUUCUUCGACUACUCGGGCGCCGUCGGCGCGCGCUUCCCCGCCUCGCUGUCGACCAACGCGGCGCUCAUGGCGUCGACGGUGCUCGCGAGCCGGCUGCCGUCGACGAAGCAGGUCUUCAGCCUCACGCUCUUCAGCAUCGAGGUCUUUGGUCUCUUCCCCGUCUUCCGACGCCACAUUCGCUACCGCAGCUGGCGAUACCACGUUCUCCUCACCGUCGUCCUCGUCCUGGGGGCCGGCCUGGGCGUCGGCAUCGUCCUCGGCGACGCCAAGGCCGGGAGGUGGCCGUGGAAGAGCGGCAUGGUCGGCAUGAUGGUCGGCGUCGUCGCCGCCGCGCUCACGACGGGCGGCUGCAGCUGGUGGCUGAUUGGGCUGCAAAAGUACAAGAACGAGAUACGAGGGCCCUGGGAUCCGGCAAGGCCAAUCAUCAUGAGCAGGACGCGAUGGGACGAUCGAUGA